AUGGACUCUGUCAGGAAACUUACUGGAUUGGAGGAUUCCUUGACGGAUGAGACCCUAGCUCCUUUAAAGUCUUACAAAUAUUCGAGUGUCGAUAAGUCGUAUAUCUCUCGAUAUAUACUCAAACACUAUUGGAAUGCGUUUGUCGAGCUCUUACCACUAUGGAUUGCUCCCAACAUGGUCACCCUCCUUGGGUUUGGAUUCAUUGUUGGGAACGUAAUGCUACUCGAGAUUUACAUGCCAGAUCUCGUAGGACCGGGUCCAUCAUGGCUAUACUAUAGCUUUGCUAUAGGCAUAUGGAUGUAUUCUACCAUGGAUAAUGUUGACGGUAAACAAGCUAGACGCACUGGCACAUCAAGUCCUCUGGGAGAGUUGUUCGAUCAUGGUAUCGACUCUCUUAACUGCACACUAGCAAGUUUGCUUGAGGUUGCUGCCAUGGGUCAAGGGUCAACGAAAAUUGGUGCUUUUACCAUGUUGAUUCCCUGUUUACCAAUGUUUUUCUCAACAUGGGAGACAUACCAUACCCAUACCCUAUAUCUCGGCUACUUCAACGGGCCCACCGAAGGCUUGAUAAUCGCAACCGCGAUUAUUAUAGCAGCAGGUUACUACGGACCAGAAAUCUACUCUCGUCCUCUGGCUGAGGGUAUCGGACACAAAGACCUGCUCGGAAACAUCACAUUCCUAGACCUUUGGGUCUUCGUUCUUCUCACCUCUUUCUUUACUGCUCACUUGCCAGAAUGCGUUUACAAUGUGGUCCAGGCACGAAAACGCAAAGGACUGCCUGUCUUGCCGAUAUUCCUCGAAUGGACGCCCAUUAUUGUAUCGAGUAUAUCGGCCAUAUCCUGGGUUUACUCCCCGUAUUCAUUUAUUCUAAAGGACAAUCAUCUCGUCCUAUUCGCCGUUACCCUGUGUUUUGUCUUCGGACGAAUGACUACGAAAAUAAUCCUUGCCCAUCUCACUAGACAGCCAUUCCCUUACUGGUCUGUUUUAAUCACGCCCCUUAUCGGCGGUGCAGUUUUAAUUAACCUACCAGUACUCGGUUUACCAGCUGUUGGGGCGAGUGUGGAGCUAUGGUAUCUCUGGGGCUACCUCGUUUUCGCCUUUGUCGCAUAUAUGCACUGGGCUUUAUAUGUUAUCGGCCGUAUCACGACAUUCUUAGGCAUCAACUGCUUGACGAUCAAGCAUCGUCACUCAACAUUGAACGACCCCGUUCUUGGUGAUAUUACAAACAACAAAAUGCAAGCGGCAUAUAACAAGCCUGUCAAGAUGAACUAA